AUGGCAGAUGCUAGCGAAUCGUUAUUGAGACGUCUUGGUGCUAAUUUCAAAAUUAGUGAAGGUGGUGUAAUUUCCUCUAGUAAUACGGAGGUUUUGAGUAAUUCGUCCUCAUCUGUGGAAAAGAAUUCUGACGGGCUUAGAAGCGAGCCUUUGAUAUCUGUGCCAGGGGAGUGUGUAGCUAUGUUCAUCUCUCGGGCCCUAGAACAAAUUAUCACUGAAAAGCAAACACGAAAGCCGUCUAAUAAUGAGCUUCGCGAGGCUUGUUGUGACGGCAUCGAGUUCUUAAAGACUCGUAUCAACUUACCAGAAAAUGGUAAAAAUGGGUCUCUUGGAUCCGACGGAUACAUGCCUACUUCUCAGGCACAGAGAGGCGCGCUGUUGAAUGACGAAAAGCUGUUGCGUCCAUUGGAAUUAGCUUGCAAGAGCAAAUCUCCCAAGAUCGUUGCUAUUUCUUUGGAUUGCCUACAAAAGCUGAUAGCCUAUGGACAUAUUCCUAACAAUGCUUUGGAUUCGUCAGGAAAAGAGGGAGUAACCGAGCGAAUUGUUCAGACGAUCUGUUCAUGUUUUAAUGGUGUAAACACAGAUGAAGGUGUUCAGCUUCAAGUUAUUAAGGCUCUUUUAACUGUUGUCACAUCUCCCGUUGUCGAGGUGCAUGAACGAGACAUUCUUCUCGUUGUCCGCACAUGUUAUAACAUCUACAUGGCUACACGAAAUCUUGUAAAUCAAACGACAGCACGUGCCACCCUCACACAGAUGCUAAAUGUCAUUUUCCAACGAAUGGAGCAGGCCACCCUUGAUGCCGCAGUUCGUCAUGAUCAAAAGCUUUCUGAAGCCAAGACUGAGGCUGAAGCCACAACUGAUGGAAAUGGAAUUGGUAUUGGAAAUUAUGUUUCUGAUCAACAAAACGCAAUUUCCGAAGGAAAAUCUGACUCUGAAAGUUUGGACGGAGAAAAGGUGGAAGAGGGUUCUGUUGAUCAGGAGGAAAUACUAAACGAGCCAGCCUUUUCAGAGGUUGAUCAGACUGAAACCAGCCAAGAAGAGUCGAUUGUUACUAAAAAUGACAAUGGAAAUAUAAAAGGGGGAAAUAAAGAAUGUAUCUCCGAGAUGGAAUCAACUGUUGGAACCCAUAAUGCUCAGGAGAAAGCUGAUGGGCAGGAAGCCAAAGCCACUUCCGAUGAAGCAAGCGAGGAGGGUUCUUCAGCAGCUACGCCCGAUGAUGAUGAAGAGGGUGUGACAGGAGGUGUUGUUGAUGCAGCAGAAGCUACUCCGAUAACUGAGGAGGAGAUAUCAAAGCCGAAUUCACUGCACCCCUCCGUGUCUGCCUCAUCUCUGGGUGCCGAAACCACAAGCGGUUCCGCGACCGAUUCAUCCGAUGAAAUCGCCUCCUCAGACUUCUAUUUUGCUCAUAUCUCACAGAAAGACGCCUUUUUGGUCUUUCGUUCGCUUUGUAAGUUGGCGAUGAAGCCUCUAGCUGGUACAAACCCUACCGAUCCCAAAUCACAUGAAUUACGAUCCAAGAUACUCUCCCUUCAGUUACUUCUCAGCAUUCUUCAGCAACCGGGUCCGGCCUUUAGGUCAAAUGCGAUUUUCAUCACUGCGAUCAAGCAGUACUUGUGCGUCGCUCUAUCCAAGAACGGUGUCUCCUCGGUACCAGAGGUCUUUGAACUGUCUUUGGCUAUUUUCCUAUCCCUUCUGACUCACUUUAAACAACACCUCAAGAUUCAAAUAGAGGUAUUUUUCAAGGAAAUGCUUUUUGCAGUCCUCGACUCGUCAUCUGCCUCGUUCGAACACAAGUGGAUCGUCACAGAGGCGCUGCAGCGUAUUUGCAUGGACAAACAGUGCAUUGUUGAUGCCUAUCUAAACUACGACUGCGAUCUCGAACGAGCGAAUGUUUUUGAGAAGUUGGUAAUCUGUCUUGCAAAGGUAGCCCAAGGUCGUCCCGCCGUGGAUACGCGAACAACACAACCGCAACUUCAAAACUUGCGCAAAAAGGGGUUGGAGUGUUUAGUGCUGAUCCUGAAGUGCAUGGUACGUUGGUCCAGUGAUCUUUUCAACGUGACCAACGAAACCCACUCAUUCCUUGGCUCAGAACCGUCUAAUGCCUCUGCAAUCACAAAGGAACAUGACACUGACAGUGGGUCAUCUGUUCGCCUGAAUCAGACGGUUCAAGAUGAUCCUGAGGCAUUUGAAUCUCGCAAAGCCCUUAAAGAAGUUUACGAGGCUGGUAUAUACCUAUUUAAUCGAGGAAAGGUUUCCCGAGGCCUUGCUCUACUGCAAGAGAACAAUCUUUUAGGAACCAGUGCUGAAGACGUAGCCAUGUUCCUGCACAACGAGUCACGCCUUUGCCGUACUGCCAUUGGCGACUUUCUGGGCGAGAACGAAGCUUUUGCUUUGGAGGUUAUGUACGCCUACGUAGAUUGCUUCGAUUUCUCUGGAUUUGAGCUCUUACCUGCCCUAAGAUCAUUUUUAUCUGGUUUCUGGUUACCUGGUGAGGCACAAAAGAUAGACCGUUUAAUGGAAAAAUUCGCCGCCCGAUACUACGCCUGUAAUUUGAAUAACACACUCUUCGCCUCCGCCGAUACUGCCUACGUACUGGCCUUCUCCAUCAUCAUGCUUACUACCGAUCUUCACUCUGAGAAAAUUAAGCAAAAACAAAAGAUGAGCAAGGAGGACUACAUCAAAAUGAAUCGAGGCAUAAAUGACAGCCACGAUUUGCCACGUGAAUAUCUUGGUAAGAUAUACGACGAGAUCGCGCAAUGUGGCAUUCAAAUGCGUUCUGACGAUAUUUCGACCGUACUUGCCAAUAAUGGCACUCUGGGCAAUUCAACCAACGGUGUGGUUACUGGUGUAAAGGGUCUAAUGGAAUCAGUGAGUCACAUGGAAUCUGAAUUCACAUGUGCAACGCAUUUUGAACACGUCCGGCCGAUGUUUAAGUUGGUGUGGACACCCUUCUUGGCGGCCUUCAGCGUCGGACUACAAGACUGUGAUGACCCGAUGAUAGCCCACCACUGCCUCGAGGGUAUCCAGUGUGCCAUCCGCAUCGCUUGCACAUUCCGCAUGGAACUUGAGCGUGAUGCCUACGUCCAGGCCCUGGCUCGCUUUACCCUCCUCCUCUCCACUUCUCAGUCUCAGAGUGACACAAUUGCGAUCAGUGGUCAAGGAAUCGGUACUAUGGGCAACCACUUAAGAGGCCGUCUUGAGUCCGUGCACAGCCAGUUGACUGGAAGCAAUUCGUCCAUCAACUCCUCUUUGGGCACAGUAGAGCCACCUUCGGUGAUAAAUCCCACACCGGAGAUGAUGAAGUCAAAGAACGUCGACAGUAUUCGCACACUCAUCUCAGUAGCUCAGACCGAUGGGAAUUAUCUUGGGCACUCGUGGCUCCACAUUCUUCGCUGCAUCUCCCAGCUGGAGUCGGCCAACGUCAUUGCCACCAACACAGCGCGCUCUCUGCCUCGACGUCGUCAUGGUCCACACGCCACCCCCGAAGAGGCCAAUGUAGGAGAAGGUGAAGGACAGAACAAGUCGAUGCGCAAACGCAGUGGCCUCGCCCCGGGCAGUUUAGCUGCCGCCACGGUGGACUCCCGCAAGGCUGCUGUGCUGCAGGAGGUCAUGGGUGAGACAGGUUCUCGCAGUGUAGUGGUUGCAGUUGAUAAGAUUUUCUCCGGCUCUGUCCGCCUUGAUGGGGAUGCAAUUGUAGACUUCGUACAAGCUCUUUGUCAGGUAAUUGAAGGCACUGUCAAUCACUUCACCUAUCUCAUGCUGUUAUCACUUCCGCAGGUGUCACUGGAGGAGCUAGCUCUUCCUCAGCCCCGGACAUUCAGUCUUCAGAAGGUGGUGGAGAUCUCUUACUACAACAUCGGGCGCAUUCGUCUGCAGUGGUCGCGCAUCUGGGAGCACAUAGGGCAGCACUUCACCACCGCUGGCCGCUCCGCCAACGAGGAUGUGGCUAUAUUCGCUGUGGACUCUCUGCGGCAACUCGUAGUCAAGUUGAUGGAAAGAGGUGAACUGCCCAACUUCCACUUCCAGAAGGAGUGCAUUCGACCGUUCUUAAAUAUCCUGGACGACAUAAAUGAGGUGGAGCCCAGUAUUCAGGACAUGGUGGCUCGAUGUGUCUUGCAAUUGAUCCAAUCUCAGUGGCCUAAUAUUCGCUCCGGUUGGACCAACAUCUUUCUUGUACUCUAUACGGCUGCUGCAUCCGCUGAGGAGGGUGUUAUUGAACUCGCCUUCAGCUCUUGCUCCUUCGUUAUCAAUACCGUCUUUCCAAAUAACUUCUACCUUCUUAUCAACUCUUUCCCAAUUUUCAUAAAGGCUUUGGCGGAGUUUGCUUGCAACUUACAUUUCCCUGACAUCUCGAUGGAGGCGAUUCGACUAAUUCGACUAUGUGCACGCAUCGUUAGUGAGAGGGCCCACCAGUUUUCUACGGAGGAAUCUAACUUGUCCAAGAAUGCUCCGGCUACUGAAACCGCCUCUUCCGAGGAAAAUAAAGAAGACGAUGCGCUCUGGAAACGUGGUUGGAUGCCUAUCCUCUACGAGCUAUUCCGAAUUAUUAAUAACUGCAAGUUGGACGUGCGGACGCGAGGUUUGACCGUAUUUUUCGAGGUGAUUAAGUCCUACGGUUCAACCUUCCACCUCAGUUGGUGGGUGCAAAUCUUCAAGCUAGUCUUCUCCAUCUUCGAGCAUGGUCGUGACACCAGUUUGGGGGUCACAGCCCCCCCUCACACGGCGAAGGAAGAGCGUCUGCGACAGAACAGCCGUCAUCGCCUCAUCUCCGGUGACCAACUCGACGCCUUUACUGUCACAUAUCACGUCUUUACAAGCCCUGCUGAUCGUAGUGAAUGGCUCAACACGACGUGUAAUCAUGCUCUCUACUCGGUUGUGGACAUCUUUUCUCAGUUCUUUGACCAAAUCGGUGACAGUCUGCUUGCGAAUCUCUACGAGCAACUGAAGUGGUGUUGUCUUCAAGAUCACGAGCAACUAGCUCGAUCGGGCGCUAGCUGUCUGGAGACCAUAGUUCUCACAAAUGGAUCAAAGUUUAAUGAUGAGAAGUGGAUAAUGACCAUCAGUCUUCUCGUGGAUCUCUUCAAAACAACUGUCCCUAACGAAUUACUCACCUGGCGUCCGGGUCCUACAGUCGACGGUAUCGCGGUGGAUGAGGCAAUGGUGAAGCGACGCCAAUCGGCAUGCACCCGCCUUUUUUUGCGCCUCCUGGUCAACUGCAUUGUGCAGUACGAGCUCAUCCAGACAGUGGACAACAUUCUGUUCUUUCCCUCGCGCAGCCGACAAGAGGAUGCGUUGAUUCUGCAGGAGACGCGUCGCUCCUCCGCUCAGCUGAACUCGCAGCUGCUGAAUGGUACGGUGGAUACAUCCUCUGGCAGAGGCGCAAACUCCUCCCUUCAGGUGCACACCCCCGAGGAGAAACGCCUUCUGGAGGCUGUUGCUAAAGACGGGAUCGCUACUUCCUCUACUCCCUCCACUGAACCUUCUGCAUUACCCGAUCUUGGAGUUGUGGAGGAACUAGUAAAUGGAGCCUUGCCAUUGCAUAAAAAAGCAACUUUCCCCUACAUUUCUUACGAUCAUCGUCUCACGCUCGUUCACUGCCUCAUGGAAUCACACAAGUUCGCUAAAACCUUUAAUUCCAAUAUGGAACAACGGAAUAUCCUAUGGGAAGCUGGCUUCAAAGCAAAGGCUAAACCGAAUCUCCUGAAACAGGAGACCCACAGUCUUUCCACAGCUCUUCGGAUUUUGUUCAAAAUCAGUGAGGAGAAAAAUGAGCGUCAACAGGAAGUGACAGAGAUGCUGCAGAAGACGAUAGAGGAGGCAAUCGCCUACUACCGAGGCCUUCCCGUAGACGGCCACCGCCAGGCCUGGGACAGUUGUCUCCUGCUGACCCUCACGCGUCUGGUUCACCUCUCGCCGGACAGUAGAUUCGCCUCUAUUGCGACCCGUCUCUAUCCCACCGUCUGUGACCUCGUCGGACUGCCAAACCUCUCGCCAGAGGUUUCUGUCCUCCUUCGGGCUUUCCUGCUUCAUAAUGACCAGGUCAUCUUUGACGUGAAGAACUUGGGGCUUAAACGACUACCUCAAGUUUAUCGUGCUGGGGGCGAAAAGCAGUAUGAAGGUCACUAUUUCCUCUUUAACAUAGAUGGCCCCAUUGAAGGACUCAGAAGAGUGGCGACGCUAUCCCAAAAAGAUAACGGGAUCAUUAAGUGCCACUCCUGCAAAAUUGAUGAUGGGUGGCGUCCCCCAUGUAAGGCUCCAAAUGCUCCCGCAUGCGAGUUCGGCGAGAUCCGGAACCCAAACUACGAGAAGACAGCAAAGACUAGACACGGGUUCCGCGCUUUCUAG